UAAAUAUGAAUAGCUAUAAAACGAUAUGAAAAAACAAAAAAAAUUUCUAUAUUACAAUUUGCUGUUAUUAUCUAAGUUACUUAUUCACUUGAUAUAAAUAAUAUCAAGUGUAUUCAAGCAGAAACUAUCCAUCCAUAUUUAUUCAAUAUAUAAGAAUAUUUUAAGAGCUCCGAAACAUCAUUUGGAAGCUUAUAGGAGAAAUGAACAGAGAAGUACUAUCCGAGUACACUAUCAUUUAUGCGAAGUUUAGGAGGUGCAGAAUAUAUGUGUGCAGAAUAUAUGUGUGUCAGACGAAACGCAGGUGCGCCACGAAAAGCUGACCAAUCACGCGAGUGGCCAGCGACGAGAGCGAGACGGCGAUGCGCGAGUUGGAGAACGGAGUAGAAAACGGAUAGGAAAAGGAGAGGGGAAGACCUGUCAGACGAUCGCGCGGUCGCAAAAAGCCAAUGCAGACGCCGCCGAACGGCGAACGUGUGCGUGUGAGAAUUAUUUGUGUUUUUUUUUGUUCCUUCGUACGCGCGCGCGGCGGCUCGCGAUGUCCAAGAAGCCGUCGCGAGAUGAUGCCCUCAACGACAUCUCCGCCUGGGACACGGAAGGCGUGCUGUAUCUGUUGCGCAAGAACGGACUAGAGGAAUGUUGCAACGCUGUGGCGAAACGGCAGAUCGACGGCGAUGGGUUGCUGCACUUGACGGAUGGGACGCUGGCUUUCUGGAAGAGUGACCUCACGCGUCCACUGAUAGGAAAAUUAUGGGCAUUCGUGCAAGAAUUGAACAAGUCUCCAGAAAAAUAUCUGCCAGACAAGACUGUAGAAACGCAACAAAACGAUGAUCAUUUGAGCGACAGCGGUUCCUGGGGAACCGAUUUCGAUGAUGAAACGGUUGAAGAAAAUAAUUCUACUGAAGAUUCACAGGAAAUCGUAAAGCCAAGUAUGAUCAAGAACAAGCAGGCAUUUCUGCAGAAAAAUAGAAUACCAAUUGAUAAAAUAGCAAUGCAAUUGCCAUUGAAGAAAAUAAUAAAACCGGAGGCGGAAGAAACCUACGCCAAUUGUAAAUCCUCCCAGGACGAGGAGGAGAAUAUGUACGCUAAUUUUCAGGAAACAAAAUCAUCGCCUCCGAGGAACGUUUCGAUGUUGUACCAGUUGGACAAGUCCUUAGCCGAGAAAUUGAAGGAUGAACUGAAGCGAAGAAAUCCAGAGAAGAAACCCGCGGUCGGUCCGAAACCAGAGAUUAUGCCGCCGAAAAGAAUUCCGAUGACAAUAUCUGAUAAGAAAUUUCCGCAGAAAUCUUUUUUGCACAAUGCGUCGAAGAUGAACCAACGAGUUCUUAAUCAACAAGGCAAAACACAAAGAAAAAUGGGUGUGCCACCACCACCACCGGAACCUAAAAAGAACAAGAAUUACACGUCUGCAGAAACCAAAAAAAUAUCCGAUAUAGAGUCAUCGAAACAACCACCGGUUAUCUUAAGGAAUUUCGAUCUCGUAGCAAAUUUACCUGCACGCACAGAAGAAAGCGAAGACGAGUACGAGCCGCUCGAUGAGAACAUCAUGGAACAAAUGGAGCAGAGGAACGAAAUUUCGCGGGUUGAUAACAAGCAGUCGUUACAUAGUGGUCGCCAGGGAUCAGUUGAAAGCGUUUACAAACCAUCCAGUGCUACGAGUUAUGAAGAAGAAGAGGAGGAGGAUUAUGAAAUUUAUGAGUCUAUCACUGAAAUACCGGAAGAUAAUUAUUACUUGAGCCCCAUUCAAAGGACAAACAAUGUGCAACAAGAACCACCUCCUUUACCCGCCAAACCGUCAUCAUCUCCCCUACCUUCGACUGUUCCCAGUAGAAUUAGAUCGGAGAAAUCCAAAGAACGAUCACCAGAUAAGAAAUCAGCGACAUUGUCUCAUACUGGCAGUAAUACUUCGCUAUCGACUGAAAGAGCCACGCGACCACUACCCCCGCCGCCUGAGAGGCAAUCUUAUGUGGACAAACCUUGGUAUCAUAAUAUCACAAGGGAGCAAGCAAUUACUCUUAUUACAGAACAAGGUACUUAUAAUAAUCCGCAAGAUGGAUAUUUUUUAAGACCAUCGACGACAAAACCCGGUAAUCCCUUUACUUUGGUCCUUUGGUACAGAGAGAGAGUUUUCAAUGUUCCGGUUAGAAAAAGAAAUGACAACAGAUACGCGUUGGGCUUUCCAAAAGUGAAUGAGAUAUCUUUCUCAACGGUGGAAGAGAUUGUGCCUUUUUAUAUGAAGGAGGAAUUGAUGCUCUACAGCAACGGCGUGCUAGUUGGAAGUACGAGAUUGACUGAUACUCCACCAAAGUGAUUUUAGUCUGUUAUAUACGCUUUAAACGGGAAAAAAGAUCUUUAUCUAUAAUCUAGCUGUAUAUAAGAGUUAUAUACGACGUAUUUAAACACUGCCGAGUAAACAUUCUUAUUAAACACUACGAUAAUACGAAGAACUAAUACGAAAAGAUAAUCAGCGGGAUAAUGAAGAACAAUUUAUUUAUUAGUCUUCGUAUAUUUGGAAUCAAUCAAUUCGUGAUCAAUCACAUUGCACAAGACAUCAUUACUAUUUUAAUAUUAUUCUAACAAUUCAACAAGUUCUCUUUAUUACGACUUACUCGUUUAAGAUUCAUCUCGGCAAUUCUGUGUGCCUUCGAUAAAAUGACGUAAGUGAGCUCAAUUAUAUUGAGCAACAGAUCUCUUAUGGAAAAUGUAUACAUAUAUAUAUAUAUAUAUAUAUAUAUAUAUAUAUAUAUAUAUAUAUAUAUAUAUCAAUCUUUUAUAACAGGAUAUAUUUAUGCUCGAUUUAUAUGUAAAAGAUCUAAAAGAAUAGUUUUGUAGAACAAAUUUUCUGUGUUUUAUAAAGGCGGAAAAA